AUGUCCUCUCUUGCUGUGCAGGUUGAGGCAUCACUAGAGGAACAAAACUUCACGGAGGUGUGGGGGAAGAAAGCCAAGGAGCUCUAUGGCAACAUCUGGAGCAACUUCAGUGACCCACAGCUGAGGAAAAUCAUCGGCUCCAUCCAGACCUUGGGACCCUCCAACUUGCCCCUGGAGAAGAGAGAGCAGUACAACACCAUCCUGAGCAACAUGGACAAAAUCUACUCCACGGCCAAGGUGUGCCUGACCAACGGUACCUGCUGGGAUCUGGAGCCAGACAUCUCGGACAUCAUGGCCACCUCCCGCAGCUACAAGAAGCUGCUCUACGCCUGGGAGGGGUGGCACAACGCCGCGGGCAACCCACUGCGAGCCAAGUAUGAGGAGUUCGUGAAGCUGAGCAACGAGGCCUAUCAGAUGGAUGGGUUUGAGGACACAGGAAGCUACUGGCGCUCCUGGUACGACUCAGCCUCCUUUGAGGAUGACCUGGAACAUCUCUACAACCAGCUGGAGCCACUCUACCUCAACCUGCACGCCUUCGUCCGGAGGAAACUGUAUGACCGCUAUGGCCCCAGAUACGUCAACCUGAAGGGUCCCAUCCCUGCUCACCUCCUGGGCAACAUGUGGGCUCAGCAGUGGAACAACAUCUAUGACCUGAUGGUCCCCUACCCCGAGAAGCCUAACCUCGAUGUCACAAGCACAAUGGUGCAGCAGGGCUGGAACGCCACCCACAUGUUCCGAGUCUCAGAGCAGUUCUUCACCUCCCUGGGUCUGCUGGAGAUGCCCCCUGAAUUUUGGGAGAAGUCCAUGCUGGAGAAGCCAACGGAUGGGCGGGAGGUGGUGUGUCAUGCCUCGGCCUGGGACUUCUACAACCGCAAGGACUUCAGGAUCAAGCAGUGCACGACGGUGACCAUGGAGCAGCUGUUCACAGUGCACCACGAGAUGGGCCAUGUCCAGUACUACCUGCAGUACAAGGACCAGCCUGUCUCCUUCCGCAGUGGGGCCAACCCUGGCUUCCAUGAGGCCAUCGGCGAUGUCAUGUCCCUGUCUGUCUCUACCCCCAGCCACCUCAAGAAUAUUGGUCUCCUCAGCAGUGCCACCGAGGACACAGAAAGCAACAUCAACUAUCUACUGAAGAUGGCCUUGGAGAAGAUUGCCUUCCUGCCUUUUGAUUUCCUAAGCCUUCCCUUCCCAUUCCCUGUCUUGGUUCAACUGGGUCCCUCUUGCCAGCUCAUGCUCUUCUCUCUUGUCUGCAGAACCAAAUACCAGGGUAUCUGUGCGCCAGUUUCGAGGAAUGAAAGCAACUUUGACCCUGGAGCAAAGUACCACAUCCCUGGGAACACCCCUUACAUCAGGUACUUUGUGAGCUUCAUCCUCCAGUUCCAGUUUCACAAGGCGCUGUGCCAGGCGGCCAACCACAAUGGUCCCCUGCACACCUGUGACAUCUACAUGUCCAAAGAAGCUGGAGCUAAACUCAGGGAAGCGUUGAAAGCUGGGUCUUCCAAGUCGUGGCAGGAAAUACUUUUCAACCUCACUGGCACAGAUAAGAUGGAUGCUGGGGCCCUCCUGGAGUACUUCAGCCCUGUCACCAAGUGGCUUCAGGAGCAGAACAACAAGACCAAUGAGGUGCUGGGCUGGCCUGAGUUUGACUGGCGUCCCCCUAUCCCUGAAGGCUACCCUGAAGGCAUUGACAAAAUAGCUGAUGAAGAACAAGCUAAAGAGCUCUUGUCCGAGUACAACAGCACAGGAGAGGCAGUGUGGAACGCCUACACUGAGGCAUCCUGGACCUACAACACCAACAUCACUGACCACAACAAGGAGAUCAUGCUGGAGAAGAACUUGGCCAUGUCCAAGCACACCCUUGAGUAUGGCAUGAAGGCCAGGCAGUUCGACACCUCCGACUUCCAGGACCAAAGUGUCACACGCAUCCUCAAGAAGCUGAGUGUCAUUGAGAGGGCGGCCCUGCCUGAGAAUGAGCUGAAGGAGUACAACACCCUCCUCUCAGAUAUGGAGACCACGUACAGCGUAGCCAAGGUCUGCAGAGAGAACAAAACCUGUCACCCCCUGGAUCCUGACCUCACGGACAUCAUGGCCACCUCACGGGACUAUGAUGAACUCCUUUUUGCCUGGAAGGGCUGGCGGGAUGCUUCUGGGAAGAAGAUCAAAAACAACUACAAGCGAUACGUGGAACUGAGCAACAAGGCAGCCAUGCUCAAUGGCUACACGGACAAUGGGGCCUUCUGGAGAUCCCUGUAUGAGACACCCACCUUUGAGAAAGAUCUGGAGAGGUUGUACCUGCAGCUGCAGCCCCUGUACCUCAAUCUGCACGCCUAUGUACGCCGAGCCCUAUACAAGAAGUACGGUGCAGACUACAUAAACCUGAAGGGUCCCAUCCCUGCUCACCUGCUAGGCAACAUGUGGGCCCAGUCAUGGUCCAACAUUUUCGACCUGGUGAUACCCUUCCCAGAUGCCACCAAGGUGGAUGCCACCCCAGCCAUGAAACAACAGGGCUGGACACCCAAGAAGAUGUUUGAAGAGUCAGACCGUUUCUUUACCUCUCUGGGUCUCAUCCCCAUGCCACAAGAGUUCUGGGACAAGUCCAUGAUUGAGAAGCCAGCAGAUGGGCGGGAGGUUGUGUGUCAUGCCUCAGCCUGGGACUUCUACAACCGCAAGGACUUCAGGAUCAAGCAGUGCACCGUGGUGAACAUGGACGACCUAAUCACAGUGCACCAUGAGAUGGGCCAUGUCCAGUACUUCCUGCAGUACAUGAACCAGCCCAUCUCAUUCCGCGAUGGGGCCAAUCCUGGCUUCCAUGAGGCAGUCGGGGAUGUCAUGGCCUUGUCUGUCUCUACCCCCAAACACCUACAUAGCAUCAAGCUGCUGGACCAAGUCACAGACAACAAUGAAAGUGACAUCAACUACCUGAUGAGCAUCGCCCUGGACAAAAUCGCCUUCUUGCCCUUCGGAUACCUCAUGGACCAGUGGCGGUGGAAGGUGUUUGAUGGACGGAUCAAGGAGGAUGAGUACAACCAGCAGUGGUGGAAUCUCAGGAUGAAGUACCAGGGCUUGUGCCCGCCGGUGCCAAGGUCUGAAGAUGAUUUUGACCCUGGGGCAAAGUUUCACAUCCCAGCCAACGUGCCCUACAUCAGGUACUUUGUCAGCUUCGUGAUCCAGUUCCAGUUCCACCAGGCGCUCUGUGCAGCAGCCGGGCACACGGGUCCCCUGCACACAUGUGACAUCUACCAGUCCAAGGAGGCCGGGAGGAUCUUGGGGGAGGCCCUGAAGCUGGGUUUCAGCAAGCCAUGGCCUGAAGCCAUGGAGCUCAUCACAGGGCAGCCCAACAUGUCAGCUGAUGCCCUGAUGAGCUACUUCGAGCCGCUCAUGACAUGGUUGGUGAAGGAGAAUGAGAAGAACAGGGAGGUCCUGGGCUGGCCCGAGUACAGCUGGACUCCUUACACAGCCACUCCAGCCCAAGCCAGCUCCAGCCAAACUGAUUUCCUGGGCAUGUCCCUGACCAGCAGUAAAGCCACAGCAGGUGGCUGGGUCUUGCUUGCCCUGGCACUCAUCUUCCUGAUCACCACCAUCUUCUUGGGCGUCAAGGUCUUCUUAUCCAGGAGAAAGGCCUUCAAAUCCAGCUCAGAAAUGGAACUGAAAUGA